AGAAGGAAGAGUUGCAGUUUUGGCGAUUCCCGCGUCAGCUCGGCCAUGUCAGCGUCAUUUGUGAUUGAUUCCACUUGGUCGACGAACAUUUGCAUGCUGUUUUCGAGUUCAGCGUCGAGCUUGAGUUCAAUUCCAAGCUCAAGAGCUGAAGGAUCUCAUGGUUUGUGCUUGAAUGGUGGGCAGAAUUCAUGAGAAAUAGUGUGAUAGGCACCGAUUUCACUAAGGUGUUGUUUUUUUUGGCAACAUGGGGAGGUUUGUCGCAGAAGGAUUCCUGGCGAUGGUGCUGUGAGGAUAUUAGGUAGCGUUGCGAUGUGCGGGAGGUCGUUCAAAGUCGUGGAAUUUUGAUUUGCUGGGUUGAUUGUUUUGUCGGUAAAUCGUUUCUGAGUCUCUUGGCUUGGAUUCUAGCUCCCAUUGUAUUUCGUGACGGAUUGAUUAAACUCUUGAGGAGGUUUAGUUUCUCUGAGGGUUGUGAGAAUGAGGGAUCGGAAAGGGACCAAAUCGCCGGAUGCAGAUUCGGCGAAUGCCAGGUCUGCGUCGCAGAGGUCUUCGCGACGACCACCAAGGCCGCCGGCUGUGGGUAAGAGACGACGAGCGCAGACAGGCUGCUGCAACUGCUCACUGGGAGUUUUUCUCUUGCUCGCCUUUGCCCUUGUGUGCAUUUCCUUAGUUGGGUUCAUUUUUUAUAAACCAUGGAUCUUUUUGGCGCGGACACCAACACCAAUACCGAGGCCUUUGACACCGUUUCCUGGAAAGCUCGUCUCUGAUUUGCCACAGUUUCAAGGAGACUAUAGGGAGCGUAUGUUUUGGGGGACCUACCGUUCUGUUCUCUACUUGGGCAUCCGAGCUAGAACGCCGAAGUCAUUGCUGGCGGGGUUGAUGUGGCUUGGAGUGAAAGAUAACCGCUAUUCUCUGAGACAUACAUGCGAGGAAGGGGAUAAGCUCACAAGAUAUGCAUGGGUCCGCCACGAUGGAGCCACUUAUGGGCGUCAGGAAAUAAUAGAUCAAGGUCUUGCUAUAACUACAUCGUUCAUGAAGCAUGAAGAUCCUAAGAGCGGGUAUGGAGGGGAUUGGGCAGUUCGUGUUGCAGUGGCGGAGAAAAAACGUCACAAAGAAGGAGAGCAGAUCAAGACUCCUCGACAAGUAUCACUUUUCUUCUACAUUGCGGAUGAGGCCGGAAGUUCGUUGAAAAUCUCUGGUGGGAAUGGUAAGUUUGCAGCAGGAACAGCAAACGAGGUUGGUGGUUGGGAGCUUCAUGUCAAAAAUCAGGAAACAUCAUCUGCCAGUUUUGUGGGACUUCGCUGCAAACAUACACACAAUUUGACUCAGCUGGUCUGGCAAGUACUUGAAAAACAGGCACGGACACAGGGUCGUAUCGAACUGCCGAAUGCUGCUGAGAAGUCGUCAAAUUUCGCUGCCAUUCAGGUCACUGGUGUGGCACCUCUAUCGUUCGAUGUUGUCUUUGUAUCUGGUACAGAGAAACACACUGUUGAAGCUAGCGAACGUGUCAAGAACCUUUCUGGUGUGAAUCUUACAAAAAGAUUAACAGAGCGUGAAGAGAUGUUCGAAAAGCGGUUUCAGUCAACCUUUCAUUUGCAAGACAAGGUAAAGGGUGAAAGGGAGGUCGAAGUUGGGCGGGUUGCACUUAGUAAUCUUCUGGGCAGCAUAGGAUACUUCUAUGGGCAGUCUUUGAUAGCAAUUCCACCUGAGUAUCAAGACUCGGAAACAAAAGAUGGAGACGUGUGGAAAUACUGGCCAGCGGCAUUGUAUACUGCUGUCCCUAGCCGCUCUUUCUUUCCACGUGGUUUCCUUUGGGACGAGGGUUUUCAUCAGCUCUUGGUCAGUCGAUGGGAUCGUAAAAUGAGUAAGGAGAUUAUAGCUCAUUGGUUUGAUCUUCUCAACAUUGAUGGUUGGAUUCCCCGUGAACAAAUUCUUGGAGAUGAAGCUCGCAGCAAAGUUCCUGAUGCUUUUGUGAAGCAACAUACAAGCAAUGCUAAUCCUCCGGCACUAUUCAUGGCUAUACACAAACUUGCGACAGCGUUUGAGAUCGAGAAGUCUUUAGGACUUCCGAACGAAGAAGAUAGAGUAUUCUUUGAGAGAUUGUAUCCAAGACUUGAAGCUUGGUUUAGGUGGUUCAAUACCUCUCAAACCGGUAAGGAAACCAGCAGUUACUACUGGCAUGGACGCAAUGCUCAAACUAAGCGUGAACUAAACCCAACUACCUUGAUGUCAGGUUUGGAUGAUUAUCCAAGAGCAUCUCAUCCUACCGAUGAUGAGCGACAUCUGGAUCUGCGGUGCUGGAUGGCAUUGGCUGCGCAGUCAUUAGCCAAAUUAGCCUCCAUUGUUGACGCACCAAAUGAGGUCUACGUAGCAACCGCAGCUCAGCUAACAGAUUUGGAUCUGCUCAAUAAGCUUCACUACGACGCAGGAAGUGGGCGUUACCUGGACUAUGGACUCCACACUGAAAAGGUGGAGCUUCAGCGGAAGAAUUUUGUGGAUCCUCAGACAGGUUUUAUGCAGACAGAAGUAGAGAGGGUAGUUUUGAAACCUCCAGAGCUGGGUUGGGUCCCACACUAUGGUUACAACAGCCUCUUCCCUUUGCUCAUGGGAUUGCUGCCCCUAGACUCGCCGAUGUUUGCAAAUCAGAUGGAGCUUCUACGGAAUGAGACCAAUUUAUGGACCACCUUUGGACUACGGUCUCUUGCUACAACAAGUUCUUUAUAUAUGAAACACAAUACAGAGCAUGAUGCUCCUUAUUGGCGAGGACCCGUUUGGAUGAACAUCAACUAUCUUGUGCUCUCUGCACUUGACCAUUGCUCAAAAGUUGAUGGCCAACAUAGCAGCAAGUGCAGUGAAACGUAUUCUCAGCUUCGUGCUCAUCUAAUCAGAAAUGUGGUGAAACGGUACCACGAGAGCGGAUAUCUUUGGGAGCAAUAUGACAACGCAAACAAAGGAAAGGGAAAAGGGUCACAUCCAUUUACUGGCUGGACAUCACUAAUACUUCUUAUCAUGAGUGAUUCCUAUUGAACUGUCGAUUUAUCUCCUCACUUCACAAGUAGACAUGACGUUGCGCUUGGGUAGCUUACAGCUUCACUCUAUGGACCAACGGAUAUGUUUGCGUAGUGUUUCCAGCUUGUGCAAAUAGUAUCGUUAUUGCCACACAGCUAGCGAUUAGGUGAAUUAACGACCUGGCAAUUAAUAUUUGCCGAUGCAUUGUGUUCAAUUGUGAAAUUUGGGCACUUGAGAUACAGAUUUGUCCAGCACGCCCUCGAGCAACGUGUAAAAUUUCUCUCAAGUCUUGAACUGCGGAAGGUCUAAUGUAGUUCAUUGUCUGCUUGACAAAAGAAAGAUGUAUCUGCUCCCUGGCAGACGA